AUGGCUUCUUCUUCCUCAUCUCCUCGUAACUGGCUAUACGACGUUUUCCCGAGCUUUAGCGGGGAAGACGUCCGCCGAACUUUCUUGAGCCACUUUCUCAAGGAGCUUGAAAGAAAACUGAUCAUUGCUUUCAGAGACAACAAGAUUGAGAGAGGCCAGUCGCUUGAUCCCGAGCUUCAACAUGCGAUUAAGGAUUCAAGGAUCGCGGUGGUCGUGUUCUCCAAAAACUAUGCUAUUUCAAGCUGGUGCCUUAAUGAAUUGCUAGAGAUCGUGAAAUGCAAGGAAGAGUAUGGUCAGACAGUGAUACCGGUUUUCUACGGUUUGGAUCCUUCUCAAGUGAGGAAACAAACCGGUGACUUUGGAGUGAUCUUUGAAAAGACAUGCCGCCACAACAAAACAGAGGAAAUGGUGAAAAUUCAAUGGAGGGAGGCUUUGACCAGCGUUGCGAAUACCCUCGGAUAUCAUUAUUCGGUGACAUGUGGUAAUGAAGCAAAACUGAUUGAAGAAAUCGAUCUUGAGGAAUUUGUCGGAAUGGAAGAUCAUAUUGCUAAUAUGAGUGUACUGUUGGAAUUGGAAUCUGAGGAGGUGAGAAUGGUUGGUAUAUGGGGUUCCUCGGGGAUUGGUAAGACUACCAUCGCAAGACUAAUAGUUGUAAAACGUUGUGAUAGGAUUGAAUGA